GUAAAAAAAUAAAGAUCUGGGAUUAUACGUAUUGGUGCACGACUCAAAACUCUUUUUUUUUGCAGCAGCAAUGAAUCUUCUUCUCCACCUAUCUCUCGUCGCUCUGAUCUCUCUCCUCUGUCUCCACCACCACUACAGUGUCCUCGCAUCGUCCCACUUCGAAGGCUUCGAUGCCGAAGACGACGAUCUCUCCGAGGAUCCCACCGAGCUUCACCACUCCCUCACUCCUCCUCCCCCACUAACUCAAUCCGAGUCAACGCUUCCAGAUCCAGAACCAGAUUCCACUCCGGUCACUAAACCGGACCCUCCUCCGACUCAAACCGGUUCCUCCAAGAAGCUCUCACUCGAUUACUGGGACGAAGACGAGUUCGAAGGCUUACCUGAGGAAGAAGAACCAACGAAGGAUGAAUCUCCGAUCGCUGCUGAUGAAAUCAAAGAUCCACAGUCUCCAGAUCCAUCUGCUUCUUCUGAAGACGGUUACAUCCCCGAGAAGAAGAAGCAACUUUCCUCGUACACAGUCGAGAUCGUCUGCGUCUCGAUCUUGAUCGCUUACCUGAUCAACUACUUCCUCGGGAAACGCGACAACGAGAGCCUCGCUCUCUCCUGGGCCUCCAAGUUCGCUCUCAAAGACGCCAUCCUCGAGAAGAACUUCAGCUUGCUCGGCGUCGGCGGCCAAGGAGAGGAAGACUCUCCUCUGCUGCUCAAAGAGGCGACGAACGUGUUUAAAUUCUACGCGAGCGGGCGUAGGUACUGCCACGGGCUUCUGGCGACGUUGGAGCUCAAGAGCAGGCACGAUCUGAUCUCCAGGCUGUUCAAUUGCGUGGUGCCGUGUAAAGACGAGAUCGGUGUCGAGGUUUAUAUGAAUGAUGAGGCGAUGGAUCAUGUUGUGUUUGCUGUGGCGAGGAAGAAGGCGGCGAAAGGGAUGCUUAAGGAGAUGAGGGAUCUGCAGAGGUUUGGUGGGAUGGUGGCUGCUCCUGGUGGGAGGAAGUGGGUGGCCGAGGAGUUGGCUGUUGUCUCUGAGUCUAAGGAGGUCGCUGGGGAUAUGAUCACUGAUGUUGUUCUUGAUCAGGUUUUUGGUGACAAAUCGUUCGAAAAGUUUGGCAAGUAUUUCAUUUCAAUGCAUUUUUCGGACCAACAUCCUGGCAAACACAGGAAGAUGCUGCUUUUUAAGUUCGCCUUACCUGAUGCUAAGCACAUGGAUGAUAUGGUCCGCUUGAUAGCGCUAAUUCCGUAUUACAUUGACUUAAUUGGCCGCUACAAGCUCAGCUCCCAGGCACGGAACAAAACUGACGGAGCUAGGCAAAAGGUGGCGCAGGAAGCGUACAAGGAACUUGAGAGUGUGAGGCAAGAGGCAUUGCAGAGAAAGAAAGCAGAGAAGAAGAGGUUACUGGAGGAAGCGGAGGCAAAGCUUAGCGGUGAGGCUCUGAGGAAGAAAGAGGCAAAGGAACGUGCACGCCAGAUGAAGAAGUCAAUGCCAAAAGUUAAGAUGAGUCGUGGUCACUAGACUCGAAGCAUAGAGGGACGUCUCAUUUAAGGUCGCACAAUCCCAUGUUUGCCAUUGGAAUAGCUAUUCCUCUACACUCCCGUUUUAGCCUUUUCGAUUAGAUCUUUUCUCUUUGCUUUCAUGAACCUCCACUUGCGCCGAGGCCUCGUUUCUUGUUCACUGGAAGUAACAUCCUUUAUUCUCAGUUAGUCACUGCACUAAUAAAAAAAAAGAGAGUUACAGUUGAAGCAUUAAUGGCAUAAGUUUUUCUCUU